CCACGAGCAUGAUCCAUUGACAUGUAUGUACGUCCACACACGGUGUCUGGUGUCUUUUCUCUGUGUGUCUGGAGGCACUAGCCAACCCCCACACCACAUGCCCCUCCAAAGCAACCAGAAAAAGACCCCCACUCCCCUCCCUCUUGUGUGCCCGCCUGUCCGCCUGUCUGUGUGUGAGUGUCUAUCGUCUGUAUCUGUAUCUCUUGAAGUUGAAGUACAGCUGGAGGAUGCCCCGGUCGAACACGCACCUAAAGCCCUUCUUGUUCUGCAGCUCCCACUCCCGGUUCAAAAUCUUGAAGGCCACGUCCUCGUAGGGCGGCCCGGCGUGGAAGCGGAUGAUGCACGUCUCGGGCGUGUCGGAGGGCUCCAGGGCGUACGUGGGCGCCUUGGUGGAGUCGAGCAGGUCGGGGUAGAAGAGGUUAAACUACAAGAAAGAGCGAUGCAGAUGGCUGUAUGUCGUGUGUGUGUGUGUUUGGUCUUUGUGUGUUCUGUACCUUGUAGCCCUGUACCAUCUUGGGCGGCGGGUUGUCGUGGUCGUAGUGCGUCUGGUUGUACUUGUUCCACUCGUAGCCUGUCUUGACGCGGUUGAAAAAACGAGGCUUACGCGGCCUGGAUACACACACACACACCGAUGACCCGGGCGUGCGUGUGCGUCUGUCUUGUCUCCCCCUCCCUCCCUCCCUCCCUCCCUCAGUCUCUCUGUCUGUCUGUCUGUCUGUGUGGACCACCGUCCCCACCUGUAUUUGUCUUCCCAGUCGUACUGCUGCUGUCUGAGUGCGUGCUCGGUCUCGGGCUCCAUGACCUGCUCGUCGCUGGCCAUGGUCUUCCGCUCCUUGCUCACAAAGUCGUCAAACGAAAACUUCUUGACGCCCAGGUCGGCGGCGUCGCCCCUGCCCUCGUGAGACUCCCGCCGGGCCUCCACUGCUGCGGCGGCCAGGCGGACGGCCCGCCUGGCCUUCUGCUGCUCGAUGAGGGCCUGACGCAGCUUCAUGCGCUGCUGGUACUCCUGAGACGGCUCCAGAAUCUUCACACCAAGCUGCACACACACACACACACACACGACAGGGCGAAAGAGGCAGGGCGUGGUGAGAGUGUGUGAGGGUGCGGGGUGGCGUGGCCGUCUAUCUAUCUGUCUGCCAUACUUACCCCCUUGACUUCAUCCAUCGGCCUGACACGAGGGCUGUGUGGCCCGGGACCGACCUCCCUCUCCUCUGCAACCACAUCCUCAACACCGGCAGAUGCAGCAGCAGCAGCAGCGGGCGCGGGUUCCGGGGCUGGUGCGGGGAGGGGUGGGGGUGCGUCGUCCUUGUCGUAUGGCUCGAGCUCGGGGGAGUAUCGCCCGUCGUAGUUGGGGUUGACGCCCGUGCCGAUAAAGUCCUCAGGCCGGCGGGUGUCCUCCUUCUGCUGGGGCGUCUUGUCGUCACCUGACGCUGCUCCUGGACCUGACGCUGCUCCUGGGCCGGCCUCAGCAUCGGGGAUGUUCAACAAACCUGACACAUAGACGGAUCCCAGCAGGUCGACAGAUGUCACUGGUUGUGGUGCGUGUGUGCUUGUGUGUGUGUUUGUACCAGCGAGGUCCAUUUUGAGUGCGGUGUCUCUAUGGUGCUGGUCGAGCUGCUGGUCCUUGACCUCUCUUGCCCGUGCGAUUGCCUUUGAGUACUGGCGGAGGACGUCCGCCUUGGCCCUGAAGAGCGGCAGCUGCGUCUGGAUGGCCUCCCAGUAGGCCGAGUCCACCGCCUCGCCGCCGUGAUCCAACUUGCGAUUCACCUGACACACAUAAGUGGCCACACACACAUUGGGUCCCAUCUGGUGUGGAUGGGUGAGGGGUCAUCUCGUUCACCUCUUUCUCCAUUUCGUCGAGUUGUUCAGCCGACUGGCCCGCCAGGAAGGCGUCGAUCUCGGCCUUGACGCUCUGCGGAAUGCCCGAAGUGGCAUCCCGCCUCACCACACCCACACCCAUGCCCUCAUUGCUCUUGCGCCUGGCCUGGUCGAGUGCGUCUUUUGCGACGAUGAGCAGGUUCUUCCAGAAGGGCCUGUGCUGUGUGUCGCUGACGACGUGUGUGUGGAUGUCGUCAAGCAUCUCGUCGAGCUCGUCAACGGACAUGCCCUCGAACACCUGGGGCGGCGUCAGCUCCAGCAACGACAUGUCGUCAAACACCUGACCUGCACACACACACACACACGUCGACACAGGCAAGAGAGCGAAAGCAAUGAUGUGUGACGGGGGGAGAGAGGGAGGCGAUUGUGGAGGUAUGUACCUACCCUCCAUGAUUCUGAGUGCCUUUGCGAUCAUGUCGAUGGGUUUCUCCCUCCCCUGGUGUAUGCGGAUGUCUGACCGCAUCUUGGCCUGCUCGAGGUGGAACUGCUCCUCCUUCUUGGCCCACUCGGCGUAGUUCUCCUGCUCCUUCUCCCUGGCCUGCUGCAGCCGGUGCUCCUCCAACUCGGCCUCCUCCUUCUCACGCUCCUCACGACGCUUCUUGACAGCUGCAUGCACCACCACCCCCACACACACAGCGAACGGCACGUGUGUGCGUGUGUGCUGGUGGGGUGGGUGAGGGGUCUGACUGGCGUGACGUACGUACCUUCGAUCUCGAUGGCCUUUUCCUCAAUCCUGCGCUUGAGUGUGCUGCUGUCGGGUGGGACGUACUGCUUGGCGGCCUUCUGCACCUCGUUCUUCUUCUUCCACACAAACGGCUCGGCGAUGGUCGAGUCGCCAAACGGGUUGCUCUCGUUGGUGUAGCCGAACUUCGCCUCGAGCAUCUGCCGGCGGUGCUUAGCCAAGGCCUUGGGACCCAUCUUCUUGCCGCCCUCCUCGUGAGCAUGGCCGUGGCCGCUGCGGUGAUGGUGGGAGUGGGAGGGAGGGGGAGAGGGAGACCGGUCACGCACACGCCUUCGCUCGUUGCGGCCGAGGCUGUCCUCUGAGGCAGAUUUUGACCGAGAGCGACGCCGCCUGUGCUUGGAAGGCGGCGAGCGGCUCCUCUCGCGUCGGCGGCGGUCGUCUACAUCAUCGUCUCGCCUGUCGCGGUGCCUGUGUCUGUCAUAGUCAUCUCGGUGAUCACGCCGACUCCUGCCUCUGUCGCGCUCCAGUGAGCGAGAUGGCGAGCGAUCUCGAUCCAUGAGGACUCAC